AUGAUCUCCCUUCGGUUUACAGGUAUUAAGAAACGUUUCACCUUCCUGUCCUCAAGUGACAGUCGAAUCCGAGUCAAAGACAGGAAGACCGUCUUGUUUUUCGAAGAAGGUCCCGAUUAUACGGCUAGGAGCCUGUUGCAAAAGUUCGGCGACCUGGACGCUAUCCUGCUCAAGAGCGGUAUCGGAAAAUACUUUGCACGGCUUUCGUUGAACUUUUCGACCACGAUUCCGACCAUCGAUAUCGAUAGGUUCCAAGUGGCCACGAUCCCGGAUCUGCAAGCCCCUGAUGGCAAGGACUUUACCGAUGGGUGUGGAUGCAUCACCAGGUCGGCCGCUCGUCGUGUAGCCAAAGCUCUCGGUUUGCAAUACGUCCCAUCGGUCUUCCAGUUCCGCUACGCCGGAGCCAAGGGGGUGUUGGUCCCGCACGAACCGGAGGAUCUCGAAAGGUGGUUCCCUGGUCAUUAUGAACCGGGUAUCGAGCUCUACCUUCGACCUUCGCAGAUCAAGUACGAAGCAUGGCAGUAUACCUCGCUCGACAUUAGCGAUCACUCGAAACAACGCACCGUCUUCAAGUGUGCAAAGUUGCAACGCGCGAUGAUCAGGAUCUUGACCGAUCAAGGGGUCCCAUUGAGGAACUUCAAGAUGCUCUUGCGCAAAGAAUUGGAACACCUCGUAGGCGUCUUGAAGGAUCGACAGAAGGCCAGCGAUUGGUUGAAACGGCAAGAGACCUCGCUCGACGCCGACGAUAAAUCGUCUCAGGCCUUGUGCCUCCGAAUGAUUGCGGCUGGACACGAUCUCUCGGAACCGUAUCUCGCUCAAAUGCUAGGAAGAAUGUUGGCCAAGGAUAUCCUCCAACUUCGCCGCAAGCUUCACAUUCCCGUAACCAACAGUAUCUACCUCUUUGGGGUUUGCGACGAGUCGGGCGCUUUGCAAGAUGACGAGAUCUACUGCCAUGCGGGUACAGACGGUUUCAUCGAAGGAAAGGUUCUCAUGACCCGUUCGCCUAUGAUGCACCCUGGAGAUAUCCGUGUCGUCACCGCUGUCAAGCCUCCCGAAGACAGUCCAUUCUACCGACAUUCUGACUGCGUCGUCUUGCCGAUCAGAGGCUAUCAACCGCUAGCGGACAAGAUGGGUGGUGGCGAUCUCGAUGGAGAUCAAUACUUCAUCUCGUGGAAUGAAGCGAUUAUUCCGGAGACGGUUGACCCUCCUAACCCGCGCGAAGUAACUCCUCCUAGUACCCCUCUCGAAGUAAAGGUCAAAAAGGAAAAGUCGGCUCGACCUGCGAAAACGUAUGAUCAUAUGGAGGAACUCAGGCGAUAUAUCGGGAAACGAGUCCUCAGCUUUGACAUCGGCGCAACGGCCAAGGCCUGGACGGAAGCGGCCAAUGCGCGGGAACUUGGAUCGAGAGACCCCUACUGCCUGGCUCUCAGCGCUCGGUACGAAUGCUGCCUAGACACCAACAAGACCGGAGAAGAAAUCCCGCCUAUCCCUCCUGACGCCCUCAAGGGACCGUUGCGCACUGGUACGUACGCGCAUAUCAUGGACGACCAAAGACGCGCCUUCGAUAAUAUUCUUUACAGGCCCUUGCCCUUUCGAGCAACUGGACUUGAUCAUCCGCCAAGAAACGCUGGGUCUGGCAUGCCCUUGGACGUUCGGUCAGGGCGAUCGCACGAGUGA